GGACGCCGCAGAAAUACGACCCGACGUUCAAAGGUCCCAUCUACGACAGGACUGAGAAGAUCCCCCUCCGGCUGCUCUUCUCCAGCCUCAACAGCCCCGAGUCCCUCAGCCUCUCCUCCGGAGAAAGACGCUCCGGUGCCCUCAUCAUCUGCGUCAGCAAAUGUCCGGACCGGUACCUGACGUACCUGAGUGCCUACGGCUCCCGCACGCCCGCCGAGCUGGGGUACUACCGGCAAUUCUGCGUCCCCGAGUUCAAAAACCUGCAGAAGGCUCCCAUCGAGGUGCUGAAGGACAAGGAGUGCCCGGCCAUGAUCAUCCCCAGCACCCCACGUACGUCCGGAGGGGCUAACGAGCUGUCAAAAGCUAACGUGGUCCUGGAAACCAGACAACUGGCCAUGAAGAUCUUCGAAGAUUACACGGUUUCCUGGUACUGGAUAAUCAUAGGUCUCGUCAUCGCCAUGGUGGCUAGCUUGAUCUUCAUCGUCCUGCUCCGCUUCCUGGCCGGGAUCAUGGUCUGGGUGAUGAUCGUGAUGGUGAUCCUGGUGCUGGGUUACGGAAUCUUCCACUGUUACAUGGAAUAUGCAAAACUGAAAGGGGAAGCGGGUUCGGACGUAUCCCUGAAGGACCUGGGAUUUCAGACCGACCUGCGCGUCUACCUCCACCUGCGGCAGACCUGGCUGGCGUUCAUGAUCAUCCUGUGCGUCGUGGAGGUGGUGAUCAUACUGCUGCUCGUCUUCCUCCGCAAGAGGAUCCUCAUCGCCAUCGCGCUCAUCAAGGAGGCCAGCAGGGCUGUUGGUCACGUCAUGAUGUCGCUGCUGUUCCCCUUGUGCACCUUCUUCCUGCUGUGUCUCUGCAUCGCCUACUGGGCCAGCACCGCCGUUUUCCUCUCCACCUCCAACGAGGCGGUCUAUAAGGUGUUUAACGAGACAGCGUGCCAGUUUUCUGGGCAGACCUGCAAACCGGAGACCUUCAACACCACCAACGUCACCAAGCUGUGCCCCGACGCCCAGUGCCUCUUCGCGUUCUACGGGGGCGAGACGGCGUACCACAAGUACCUCAUCGUCCUCCAGUUCUUCAACGUCUUCAUGUUCUUCUGGCUCGCCAACUUCGUCAUCGCGCUGGGCCAGGUGACGCUGGCGGGGGCCUUCGCGUCGUACUACUGGGCCUUCAAGAAACCCGAUGACAUGCCUGCCUUCCCCCUCUUCUCCGCCUUCGGCCGCGCGCUCCGGUACCACACCGGCUCGCUCGCCUUCGGCUCCCUCAUCCUCGCCAUCGUCCAAGUCAUCAGGGUCAUCCUGGAGUAUCUGGACCACAGGUUGAAAGCUGCAGAUAAUAAGUUUGCCAAGUUCCUCCUGAGCUGCCUGAAGUGCUGCUUCUGGUGCCUGGAAAAAUUCCUCAAAUUCCUCAACAGAAACGCGUACAUCAUGAUCGCCGUCUAAGGCACCAACUUCUGCACCGCGUCAGCAAAUUUUCUGCUGAUGAGGAACAUCAUUAGGGUGGCCGUUCUAGAUAAAGUCACGGAUUUCCUCUUCUUCCUCGGGAAACUCCUCAUCGUGGGAAGCGUGGGAAUCCUUGCCUUCUUUUUCUUCACCCAGCGGAUAAAGCUGGUGCAAGACACAGCGCCGCCCCUGAAUUACUACUGGGUCCCUAUUCUGACGGUGAUCGUGGGCUCCUACCUCAUCGCCCACGGGUUCUUCAGCGUCUACGGCAUGUGCGUGGACACCCUCUUCCUCUGCUUCUGUGAAGAUCUGGAGAGGAACGAUGGAUCUCCCGAGAGGCCUUACUACAUGUUUGAGCGGAGCGAGAUCCUGCGGAAGGGCAACCUAGAGCCUUCCAAAAGCGCCGAUAGCCAAGGCUAG